AUGCCUCACGUUCAGCGAACUAUCAAGCCAUCCCGUGCGAACCUCAUUCAGGGCCUCAAAGAGAAUGUCAGCCCGGAGGCACUGAGAACACUGAAGCCGGGUACAGCCACCGCACAGGAACCACAGGCUGUAGCGGGGUCAACCGCAUGCACCCUGGAUAGCUAUCCGUGCAUCACACAGAAGCCGACUCCUGCCGCAUUUGCAGGCAAUACCAGCAUCGCCUCCCUUCAGGUCGGGCUCGGCGACAAGAUCCCGCGCUGGAAAGCGAAUACAACCAUCAACUUUGCAGCCCUGGAGCAGGGAUAUCCAGAGCCGGAGAUGGCCCUGCUCGCAGCGAACAAGCUGAACGAAGCAGCCGGGGAGUGGAACGCACUGAACCUAGGCGUGCGUUUCGCAUGGGUCGAGAAGAUGAAGGACGCCGCGUUUCUUCUGAGCUUCGCGACGCAGCGCAGCCCCGGAACACUGGCGGAGGCCUUCUUCCCCAACGAGGUGGACCUCAAUAGUCUUAUCGUCUACCCGGCUGCAUUCCAGCCAGGGACCGUGCAGUAUCUGAAGAACAUCUUCCUGCACGAGCUCGGGCACGUCCUGGGGCUCCGCCAUGAGUUUGCGCCGGAGCUUGAAAAGGGUGCUGGCUUGGAUUCUGUUCAGGUUGGCCCGCGCAACCCAACUUCGGUGAUGGGAUACGAGAUUCCUCCCAUCAUGCAGGAUUCAGACAUUGAUAGCACCAAGGUCUUUUACAAGUUCCCAGGAAAGAAGCUUGGUGUUAGGCAAAACCUUCCGGAGGAGGGGGGACUGCGCAUUGUGGACUUUGAUCCUAAUAACUAAGGUCGCUAACUUGACUGUCUAGCCAUUGCAGCGGGAUACAUACCCUGUCAGGCUGGACAGGAAAAGUGAGUUUUAUUGCUGGGUGUACGUACCGAAAUUGUAGGUCAGGGGUUU